ACUCCGCACUCGAUUCCCUUCACCCUCUCUCCCUCCCUCGCUCGGGCGGCCCUAACGGUCGUCUCGUCUCCACCUCCGCCUCGCCGGCCAUGGAGGAGGAGGACAGCGGAGAGGACCUCGUGCCGGAAGUGUUGGACGCAGAAGAGAACCCGGAUGCGGCGGGGGACGAGGACAUGCCGGACGUGGAGUCGACCGGAUCCAACGAGGACGCGCUGCCAGAGGUUGACCAGGGAGCGUUCUACCACGUCCUCAUCCGCAUGUCGGCCGCGGAGGUCAGGAACGCGGCCGCCGUCUCCAGGACGGUGCGCGACCUCGUCAGGACGGACGCGUUCCGCCGCGACCACCACCGCCACUCCUCCUCGCACAUGCCGCUCUUCUUCUACCGCUACUGGGAUUAUUACCUGCCCGCCGUGGUCGUCAACCUCUGCUUCGUCGACAUCGCCGCCCGCGUGGCCCGGAAGGUCAUCUACUUCGCCGACGCCCCCGACCCCCCUAUCCCCAGCUUCGACCCCCGCGCCUUCAUCAUCGAGGGCUCCUGCGACGGGAUUCUCCUCUUCUCAUACCGCUCCAGGCUCUACGCCUUCAACCCCUGCACGCGCCAUUGGGGGAACCUCCCGCCGCUCCACCUCACCAACGAAAUCGUCGCCUUCUACGGCCACGGCCCUUUGGACAACAGGGAGUACAGGGUGCUGUACCACCCGAUGGAAGGACAGUUCGACAGCAGGUACUGGAUCUUCUCCCCGACCUUCCCGGAUCAGCCGCCGAGAUGCAUUGGACGCGCGGUCAACAUGGAGGUCGUCGACCUCUCGCUCGAACGGGGGAUCACUCCUUCCUACGAGAUGCCGCCUGUCACCGUUGGGCAGAGGCUGCACUGGCGGCCGCAGAUUGGGCAGUACAACCACAACGUGUUGGUGUUCGACACGGUCGCCGAGGUGUUCGACAUGAUACCUCCUCCUCGUAUGCUAGAGGGCGAUCUGUGGGUUGAUGUCGACGGAGACCAGCUGCUUGAGAUCAACGACAAGCUCGCCAUGACCUUCAUCUCGCGGGAACGGGUGGAUGUCUGGGUUCUUCAGGAAGGGGAGGUUUGGGCGCACCAGUACCAGAUUCCGCUGCCAGUGCCUCAACUCGCCAUCUUUGAAGGCUAUGACGACGAAGGUUUCCUGUCCGCCGCAGUGUUCGCCGUGUCCGAGCAGCGGAAUGCGCUUGUGCAAUGCCCGGCCAUCAUCCUACACUGUGACACCGGGGGGGACGUGCUCAAGUUUUACUCCCGCACUGGCAACCUCACCGUCCUGUCCAGGUAUACGCUCCAGGAAAGCCUUCUCGAGCAUCCGUUCCUUCCGAUGCGCCGGAGCGAUAUAAAUCACCCUCAGUUCUUCCUCUAGGUGCAUAAGGUCCCGUGCUGUCAUGGUUUCCAAUUCUUCCCAAGAGACCUAGCUAUAUAGCAACCAGGUUUGCAGUUUUUCUGGAUCUAUGCUUUAGAUGCUGAAGCUAGCUUCCGUAGAUGUUAGAAGAGGCUUCAAAUUACCUGCGGCGAUGCAUUCGCAAGCUUGGCUUGUUGUUGAGUUGCUAAGUCAUUUUGGUACCAUGUAGCCGUAGCAAGGAUGCUGGUUGGGUUUCUGUUCAUACAGAUGCUCUCUGUUAAUCACUGAACCCUCGAUCAGAAUGAAUGAGAAGCUGAUUUC